AUGCUUGUGAAUUGUCAUAUCAAAGAUAAUACAAUGUAUCACCGUCGCCACCACCAAGAAAAGAAUGUUCAUCCUUCCUCGAGGAUGUCCAUUCCAUCGGAAAGAUGCAUGUUCCUUCAAGGUGUGACUGCGACAGGAGAUUCUGGCCUUGUACUUUCAAGUGAUGCUAAGCCAAGACUGAAAUGGACUCUAGACCUCCACGAACGGUUCACCGAAGCAGUGAACCAAUUGGGAGGGGCAGAAAAAGCUACACCAAAGUCUGUUUUGAAACUUAUGGGCAUCCCGGGAUUGACCUUAUAUCACUUGAAGAGUCACCUUCAGAAGUACAGAUUGAGCAAGAACCUCCACCACCAAGCUAAUAGUGGGAGCAAUAAAGCUGCCAAAGCAGACAGACUACCUGAGGUAAAUGGACCUCACGUGCCCAAUCACAACAUUUCAAACCAAGCAACAAGAAACGUACAAUUGGAUGAAGCAAUACAGAUGCAAAUUGAAGUGCAACAAAGACUACAUGAACAGCUGGAGGUACAACGCCAUCUGCAGAUGCGUAUAGAGGCUCAAGGCAAAUACUUGCAAUCUGUACUAGAAAAAGCACAGGAAUCACUCGGAAGACAAAACGUUGGAACACUUGGUCUGGAGGCAGCCAAGGUCCAAUUAUCAGAGUUGGUCUCACAAGUAUCAAACCAGUGCCUGAACUCUACAUUUUCAAGAAUAAACGACCUCUCAGACCUGUGUCUGCAGCAGCAAGCACAAACCACACAGCCAAAAGAUUGUUCGGGUGACAGCUGCUUGACCUCAUGCGAAGGUACCAUAAGGGACCAUGAGCUGUACGACAACUCUUUGGGUUUAAAACCGAUGAAUUCUAGAGCACCUAUAGAGCAGAUGACUGACGAGAAAGAUACCGGUCUACAAAAGAUGGAGCAUAGAGGGCAUGAGAACCUGAAAUAUGGUGGUAAAUAUCUUUCAACGGGAAAUGACAAUGUGGACAACACAUUUGUUACAGAAAUGAAUCCCAGUAAUUUAUCGAUGAGCAUCGGCCUUCAAAAUGGUAAAUGGGAUGUUAAUGGGAACAAUCCAAAGGAAAGGAUCAAUGGAGCAGAAACAGAUACCAAAUGUUUAGGGAAGAACGCAAUGAAACCAGAUAGGCAGAAGUCUUCCUCAGAAUCAAAACUACCUUUCUUCCCAGCAAAAUUGGAUCUUAACAUGAACUGUGAAAAGGAUGUUGAUUCAAGCUACAAGCAGCUUGAUUUAAAUGGUUUUAGCUGGAAUUGAGAGACAAACAAUAUAAAAUCUACAUUGAAGAGGCAUCUGGCUCCAUUUUGUUAUGGGAAAUGAUCAUUUACCAGUUCAAAUAGAAGAAAACAGAAAACAUAAAACAGAUUCUCCUGAUUGUCUCGAACAAUGUCAUAUAUCGAGGUGUAUGUAAACAAUUUUUUCAGCAGUGAUUCCAAAUACAUCACCAUCAUACUCUGUUUCUCUAAUGAAAAUGAACUCUACUCUUUCUCUUUCAAACACCAAUAAAAUGCGCAAGGCUCAUGGAUCGAAAAUAAUUAUUUCAAAGAAUUUAGUGCUUCAACAAUAAAAAAGCGUAUCAUAAACAAAUACAAUCAGUAAUUGCUCAAAUUACCUCAAUUUACUGUGAUACCGGGAUACCGAUUAUUUACCGCGGCAGUGAUGGACUUCGAUUAGUGAAGAUCAUAAUAAUUCUAUGAAUGAAGAAAACAGAAAAAUGAAAUCACCCACUUUGGUUAUUUUUUUUCAUAAACUUCAAAAAUAGUCGAUUAUAUCACGGCUUUUUCUCGAAGUGGACGAAUAUAAAUAAGGAACAAAUUCUGUGUUUGGGAGACUUUUGUUUUUACUUCCGAGAAAUCAUAAGACGCAUUUGGAUUUCACAUAAUGCAUUUGUUACGAUCGCAAAAGGUAGAAGGAAAAGAAAAGCACUCAGCUAGGAAUAGCAAUUUAUAUGCCACGUCAGCUCAAAUAGAAAUGAGAGAGAAGGCACAUCUGAGGAGUAUAAAUACGGAGACCAUCUUCUUCAAUUGGAUUCAUGAAAAUCAUGUGUAAGCUUUGAAUGUAUCUUAUCAUUCUUCUGUCGUUGUGUCUUUCGCGACACAGCCUUUAAGGCAUCUCCAACGGUAUU